AUGUACGUUCAACUCCCAUUUGACGAGCUCGAGGUCUCGGACACCAACAAGAAGCGCGUUGCCUACUUCUACGACGCAGACGUUGGUAAUUAUGCUUACGGAGCUGGGCACCCCAUGAAACCCCACCGUAUAAGAAUGGCCCAUCUGUUGAUUAUGAACUAUGGCUUAUACAAAAAGAUGGAAAUCUACCGUGCCAAGCCGGCAACUAAGCAAGAAAUGUGUCAGUUCCACACCGAUGAGUACAUAGACUUUUUGAGUCGUGUUUCGCCGGACAACUUGGAUAUGUUUGCCAAAGAGCAAAUUAAGUUCAAUGUUGGAGAUGAUUGUCCAGUUUUCGAUGGAUUAUUUGAAUAUUGUGGGAUUUCAGGAGGUGGUUCCAUGGAAGGUGCCGCCAGAUUGAACCGUGGGAAGUGUGACAUUGCCAUCAAUUAUGCCGGUGGGUUACAUCAUGCGAAGAAAUCUGAAGCUUCAGGAUUUUGUUAUUUGAAUGAUAUUGUGUUGGGGAUCAUUGAAUUGUUGAGAUACCAUCCACGUGUCUUGUACAUUGACAUCGAUGUGCAUCAUGGUGAUGGUGUUGAAGAAGCCUUUUAUACCACCGAUCGUGUGAUGACUUGUUCAUUCCACAAAUAUGGGGAAUUUUUCCCUGGUACUGGUGAAUUGAGAGACAUUGGUGUUGGUAAGGGUAAAUAUCAUGCUGUGAAUAUCCCAUUACGUGACGGGAUCGAUGAUUCGACCUAUAAAUCCAUUUUUGAACCUGUGAUCAGUAAAAUUAUGGAAUGGUAUCAACCAUCGGCCGUUGUUUUACAAUGUGGUGGUGAUUCCUUGAGUGGUGAUAGAUUGGGAUGCUUCAACUUGUCAAUGUCUGGACAUGCCAAUUGUGUGAAUUUCGUGAAAUCAUUCAAUAUCCCAAUGAUGGUUGUUGGUGGUGGUGGAUACACCAUGAGAAAUGUCGCCAGAACCUGGGCAUUUGAAACUGGUCUUUUAAACAAUGUUAAAUUACCUACUGAAUUGCCAUACAACGAUUAUUAUGAAUAUUAUGGACCAGAUUAUAAGUUGGAUGUCAGACCAUCUAACAUGCAUAAUGCCAAUUCCCCAGAAUUUUUAAAUAAAAUUUUAACGAACAUUUUAACUAAUUUGGAAAAUACUAAACAUGCACCAUCGGUUCAAAUGAAUUAUGUUCCUAAUGAUCCAGAAGAUUUGGGUGAUGUUGAGGAAGAUACUGCUGAAGCAAUUGAUACAAAGGGUGGAUCCCAGCAAGCACGUGAUGAAGCCAUUCAACCAGAAGGUGAAUUUUAUGAUGAUGAGGAUAGAGAUAAGGGAGAAAAGAAUAUUCAAAGUUUUGCCAAACCAGAAUCUGUUGAAACUGGUGAAGAUGUUUCCAAGACUUCCAAGACAGUUUCUGAAGAAGCUCCUGCUCCAACAGAUUCUUCUGGAAGUGGUACCAAUGACUCCAUGCAAGUUGAUUCUGUCACUACUAAUGAAUCUAAGGUUGAUGAAACUAAAGAGAACAAAACUGAACCAGUAAUUAAUCAAACAACAAAAUUGACAGAAGAUGAAAUGAAGGAGAUUGAAGAAUUGAAUGCUGAUGAUUAG